CCUGUCAUUUGGCGCGGUUUUUUGAAUGACAGGUGUGCUCGAUAAACAAGAUGGCAGACCCUGUGAAAACCACGGAAUGCCUCCAAAAAUUGGGGUUUUCUGAAUUAGAUGAGCAAUGGGUUGAUACAGUCUGGGAACAAGACUUCACCGAGAAGGCGGAGCUGCCUCCUAGCCUGGCCCACGAUGUCACUGAUAAUCGGUCCUACACUCGCCACCUGCAGCGAGCCAUAGAAUCCUGCGUACCAUGGGCAAGGAUCGACUUUGCCACCCUCCCCCAGGGGUUUUGGAGUGUCCUGUCAGAGAGUGGCUUGUCCCCCCGUGCACUGCUCGCUCUGCUCCAUCACUUCAUGUGUGGCGUCGAUAAAGUCCUGUCUUCAGCAACACAACGAGAGAUUGCCGUGCUCUCCGCCAACCUUUACUUUGUUCUGAACGAAAUCCCAGGGAGUGGCGCCUACAAGAUUUUCCAUCCGUUGGUGUUUCAAGAGGCGGUGGAUCUCCUGAAGCAGUGGCCAGACCCAGCAAGCGCCAAACGAAAGAGGCACUCUUCCGGCCCGACCUCUAGCCAGGCCUCCCAAGUAGGCCGACGCCCUGCCAAGACCCGACGCGUGGAUGACAGAAAUGAGGAGGAUGGUGCGGACAAGACAACGCCGUUUGACAGCGACGACGAGGAAGAUGACGAGAUGACCAUCCUGACGCCUCAAGAAAUCGGCCGGAUUAAAGCGGCAGUGCUGGGAGCGUUGCGGAAUUUUGUUCAACUGUUACGGAACUCGACCCUGAAGGACGCCGAGCAGUCGACCCAGCAUGCAAUGCAGGUUCUGUCAGAUCUGACCCGCGUCACAGGAGACCAGAACGAAACUCAAGAAUUUGAUUCCACGGUAUCUCCAAACUCGUCCACAUCAGUGUCUCACGUCGCGUAUCUCGGACUGGCCGCUCUGUCCUCAACGUCCCACGGCAGCGUCACCGACAUGUUCACCCUGGUGUUGAAACACCUGAUGCCGAACUUCUUGAUGCUGAUUGGUGAGAACGAAGCCGUUGCCGCGGCAACCAUCCCCAAGACAAUACAGAUCAUCAAGGAUAACGCUACCGCCUUCAUUCACCGCAUGACCUUUGACCUGGAGGACAAAGCGGUUCCCUGCCUGCGUCUGCUGCUCCAGCACCUGUGCGUCAAGGUUCCGGACAAGGCGGAGUACCGGGCAAAGACUGCGCAAACCGUAGCCCUGGUCUUGACGUACAUGACCGUCGAGCACCGCGCGAGGUUCAUCGAGUGGCUGUACAAAUACUCUAGGAAUGUGAAGAUUGGUCACCGCGUCUUUGCUCUGGAGGUAGUCGCUGUGAUAUUAGAGCAGCUACCAAACACCAAGGCCAACGAGACACCUGCAGGCGUAGCGACACCUGCAGGCCCAACUACACCUGCGCAUGAAGGUGCUCCUACAGACCCACCGGUUGCACCUGCAGGCGACGUCAGCCAGCAGUACCUAUCCCCAACAUUCCUGACCCAGUUGCUGCUGUCGCGCUGCUCGGACCGAGCGCCAACGGUGCGUGCCAAGGCACUGACCUGCUUCGCCGAGUUCACGACCUCCACCGACCCCACCAUUCAGCAGGCCCUGGCAGAGCUGUUCUACCCCUCCGUCAGCCUGACCACCCCUGCCCAAAUCCUGCAAUUGGGUGCUGCAACACCGGGAUCCAAUCACCAUGGCAACCAAGGUGACACAGACCAAACGACGGAGGGGGAGCAACAGGCCCAGGACGGGGCCACGCCCGGCAACCUGAUGGGCGGGUCCCCGGCGUUGCUACUGGAGAUGUCCAAUGGCAGCCCUUCCGACUCCGUUGGCCAGAACAUUAUUGCCAUGCUUCAGAAGCGAGCUUGCGACGAAAAAGUGGGCGUCCGGAAAGCUGCACUCCAGGCCCUGGAGAAUGUUCUCCGUCUUAACGGCAGCACCAUCACGGCCAAGGAGCUGAGAGUCCUUCACGAUGCCUGCCUGGAUCCGGCCCUGUCGGUCCGCAAGCAAGCCAUCAUCUCACUGACUACUCUGCUGAUGGAAAAGAAGACGUGCGUCCCCCUGCAAAAAGUUUGGCUUCAAAGUGUCCUUCCCGGCGUGAUGGAUCGAGAGGUCUCAGCACAGGAAAAAUGCCUUCAGCUUCUUAAGGAGGUUUUGCUGGACGGCAUCACCUCUCGUAGUCACAGUGACAACGAGGAAUCCCGAUUGUCUUGGAAUCUCCUCGGCGUUCUGUCUCAGAACGACUCUGGGGAUUUGAGACGUUACCUCCCUAAAGCCUGUCAGCUGUGGUCCAAGCAGAAACUCCUAUCCAGCAGUCUAGUCCGAGCUCUGCUGUCACACAUCAACCACGAGAAUGACCAGGCUGCAUGGCUUCUGCUAGCUGAGGUCGCGCCCUGCUCCCCGAACUUUGACCCCGCGGUCAUCCGGCAGGCCUGGGAUCGCUACAAGCAGGCCGACUCCCCCGCCAAUCCGGUCACUCGGCAGCGCGUCCUGUCUGUCAUGGGCAGCCUGGCCGGUCGCUUCAACGACGAGGCGAAACGAGAGAUGAUCGCGGACCUCAAGGAGAGGCUCUUGGCGUUCGACGCCCAACCUGAGCUGAGCAGAUCCCUGGUGACUGCCCUUAACAAGUUGUGCCUGGCGGUUGACGGCACAGCAGACAGGACCAGCGCUCUCAUGGAGGCCAUCGCGGAGGAGAUCCUCCAAGCCUGCAGCGCCUACCUGUCCAAGCUCGUCCUGGAGGAGAGCCCCUCCUCGACCCAGGUCGCGGUCAGUGAGGAUACCCUGGUCCGUUACCUGGGUACCCUUGGGGAGGUGGCCUGCCUGUGCCCGGCCAAGACGUCGCGUCGCGUCAUCAUGCUGGUCCAGUCGCUGCUGGCCGGGCCUACCCGAUUCGAAGGAGACUCCAUUCCCAGCAGCCAGUCCUCCCAGAGCCAGCCUCCCCUCUCCCAGUUUGGCAACGCGACGGUCCUUUCGGACACGGUCCGGGCCCACGUCUUCAUCACGCUGGGCAAGCUGUGCCUGCUGAACGAGAGCCUGGCUAAGCAGUGCGUGGCCGCGCUGUCCCGCGAGCUGGAGACCUCGCCCAACCCGGCCGUCCGGAACAACGUGGCUGUCAUCAUGUGCGACUUGUGCAUCAGAUAUCCCAACGUGGUGGACCGUUACAUCUCCAACCUGUCCAUGUGCUUCCGUGACGAAUCCCAGCUGGUCAGGAAGCAAAGCUUGACGCUACUCACCCACCUACUUCUGGAAGACUAUGUCAAAUGGAGAGGCCCACUGUUCUUCCAUUUCAUCACGAGCCUCGUGGACGACGUCAAAGAAAUCCGAGAUUUUGCUGAGUUCUCGCUGGUCCAACUUCUGUUGAAGCGUCACCCCAACAUGCUGCACCAGCAUUUCGUGGAGUCGGUUUUCCACUUCAACGCUUACGACAAGCACAGUGUUUACAACCAGUUCAGCCAGACAGAGCGCGAGAAGCAGCUGUUUGCCUUGAAGGGCGCCCUCAACGCCGGCAAGCGCAGCACCAUCUACCGCUUCAUGCUGCAGCACAUGACGGACGAGCAUCGCUUCAAGCUGACGGCCAAACUCUGCCAAGAGGUUCUCGCAGCAAUUGUUGAUGGCGUGCUCCCUCUAAAUGAAGAAACAAACAUCCUUCUACAAGACACUCUGGAUAUCCUCUGUUGCAAGGAGAUCAAGUUGACCUCUCUACGGCCCAAGUCGACCACCGACAUUGAGGACCAGAUGGAGAUGGCCGAAGCGGUCAUCAACCAGGCCAAGACCAAGAUCAUCACGCAGGUGGUCAAGCGCAACGUCAUCGAGAACAUCGUGCCCAUCGUCAUCGCGCUCAAGCACACGCUGGAGAAGUCUCACUCUCCGACACUGCGCCACCUGAUGUUGUACCUCAAACAGCUGAUGAAAGACUACCGCAACGAGGUCAAAGACAUCUUAGCCGCCGACCGGCAGCUGGCAACCGAGAUCGAGUUUGACCUGAGACGGUUCGAGGAGGAGCAGGCAGAAGCCGCCAAGAAGCAACAACAGGCCGCCUCUGGUACCGCGGCAACCUCGCGCCCGGGAAGCAGAGCCGCCACGCCCAGGAGUAAGACGGCCACGCCCAGGAGUAAGACGGCCACGCCCAGGAUCCGGCCUGCCACACCCUUCACCUCUCCUCAGCAGGGUGUCGGCUUACCUGCCGUGCUCUCCCCCAGGGCUGUUGCCAACUGCUCCCCAAGGAUCAUCCGCACCCCUCGGGCGGGUGUGGUGAACACACCCCAAGUAACACCCGAUGCCACACCCAAAGCCACACCCAGGGGUACCGGUGAGGGUGCCCUGGGAGGGGAGGAGCCAGCUAUCAACGGGGGCGGGCCGGCCACUCCUAUCAGAGCCAACAGACCAAUCUCCCUGGCCGCCCAGGCUAUCGUCAACUCGGCCCGGAGAGCCAUCGCGUCGGCCAAACGCUGUCCCCCGGUGACGACGAAUCCCCAGCGAGAACACGCAGUCCCGUCUGAAGUCCUUGUGAAAACUGAGAAGCGAUCUCCCCUAAAGGAGAAGAAUGCCGCUGCACAGAACAAGACCCCGCCUCGUCGCGGCAUGAGGAGCCGAGCCAUCAGCACCCCAGACCAGACCAUCGCUAACAUCACCUUCCAGGCACCCAUGGAUCUCAGUGUCAUCCCUCUGUCGCCCUCCCCCAUCCCUAGCUCUUUACCUAUCAGGGUCUUCAGUGAAGUCGAUCCUAAGAAGGUUGUCGGCACGGCGAAUUGGACUCCCCAGCUGGAGGUGGAGAAUAACAAAGAUUUGCUGCUCAUGCUGUCACCCGAUCAACCGACACCGAAGCCCCGAACGUGGAACAUCACCUCCCCGAAACAGGGUCCCCAGCGCGCCCGUGCGAGGAUCAGCAGCCCCGGGGGUGAGGAAACUGUACCCCAGGGGGACAAGAGAAGGACCCGGGCCAGCACCUCCUCGGCAUCUUUCCAGGCAGAGGAGACAGAGAUGAGAAAUCCACGCCCGCGAAGGAGCUCGCGAUCCAAGCAGAAAUGAUACAAGCAACUUCCAGAAGAGUCUUCUUGGAAACUUUUGUAACAAUUAGUUGACCUAUAAGUACCCCC